AGACCAUCUCCCUGCCACGUAAGCAUAAGCCGUACGAAGAGAGAGAGUGUAGAGCGAAGAGAGAGAAAGCGCUCCGCCGCGAACACGGGGGAAACACAUGGCGUCGUUUGCUCCUCCCUCUUCAUCUCCCUCCAAAAACCCUAACCCUAACCCUAGGCUACAAUUCGCGAAGCUCCACAAGUCGAGAUCCCCUCGAUCCCUUACCCUCCUCCUCCGCCGCCGCCUCCCGAGGUGGAGCCCUACUGCGAUCCGAUCCGAGUGCGUCGGCGGCGGCGGAGGCGGAGGAGGUGGCUUCGGAGUGCACUUGCACAUACCGCAGAUCUCUCCUUCGCCUCCGAUCAUGGCGGGGUCGGCGGCGGCCGCGGCGGUGGCGCCGGCGCCGAAGCGGCCGAAGAAGAACGUGCUGCUGUUCUACUGCGAGGAGAUGAGGGAGCUCGCCGAGCGCGUUGUGUUGGAGAGCGACGGCAUCGAGCUCCGCUCCAUCUCGUGGAGGAUGUUUGAGGAUGGGUUCCCAAACCUUUUCAUCUCAAAUGCUCAUGGCAUUCGUGGGCAACAUGUAGCCUUUUUGGCAUCGUUUAGUUCCCCCAGAGUAAUAUUUGAGCAGUUAUCAAUCAUCUAUGCUCUUCCAAGAUUAUUCAUCUCUUCAUUUAGUAUUGUACUUCCAUUUUUCCCUACGGGAUCUUAUGAGCGUAUGGAAGAUGAAGGAGACGUAGCAACGGCCUUCACGCUUGCUAGAAUUUUGUCGAAUACACCAAUCUCAAGAGGUGGACCUACCAGCUUAGUAAUUUUUGAUAUCCAUGCCCUGCAGGAGAGGUUUUACUUUGGAGAUUAUGUUCUGCCAUGCUUUGAGAGUGGAGUGCCUUUGCUCAAAAGUAGGCUUCAGCAGCUACCCGAUUCUGAAAAUAUAUCGAUUGCUUUUCCAGAUGAUGGUUCAUGGAAGCGAUUUCAUAAGCAGCUUCAACACUUCCCUGUGAUAAUAUGCAACAAAGUUAGGGAAGGUGACCGAAGGUUUGUUCGCAUUAAGGAGGGAGAUCCAAGGGGCCGUCAUGUUGUGAUAGUUGAUGAUUUGGUACAAUCUGGUGGCACUUUGAUUGAAUGCCAGAAAGUAUUGGCAGCUCAUGGAGCGGCUAAGAUUAGUGCCUACGUGACUCAUGGUAUAUUUCCGAACAGAUCAUUUGAGAGGUUUCAGCAUGAUAAUGGAGUGGGUCCAGAGAACGGGCUCAGCAACUUCUGGAUCACCGAUUCCUGCCCGCUUACCGUUAAGCAGGUUAAAAACCGGCCUCCAUUUGAGAUCCUCAGCCUUGCUGGUGCCAUUGCCGCUACCCUUCAGAUAUGAAAAGAUUUGGUUCACUGGUCUUUCACAAGGAUUCCUUAAAUUAUCUGAUAAUUUGAGCGAAAGUUUAGUCGUAGCACUUAAAUUAUAGCAGCUUGCGAAGGUAUGAUGCUGAUUUAUAUUCUUCAACUCAACAUUUUAACUCAUUGCCGUUUUAGGGGGUGCGACGUGCAUUUUUUGUAGUUAAAGAGGCCUUGAAUCAACCGAGUAAUUUUGGUGCCUCGGCUUCGCACAGUUUUGUUGUUUUUGUUUUGUUUUCAUUUCACGGAAAGCGUGACGAAGGGAUAUGCAUAGUUCCGAGAGACGAUAUCGAGGCAUUGAAUAACGCAUCAAGAGUCCGAUGCUUCUGUGCAGGUCUCGUGUGUCAACCUGAAGCAAUUUGUCUUUCCGGAGAAAAAGUGGAGGGGUUUUUUCUUCUUCUUUUUGUGUUUUCGUUGUUGUUGUUGUAUUCUUUUUCAUUUUCAACAAUCUACAGCCUAGUGUUGGUAUUUCGGUGGCUGAACCUGAACCUUUUUUUAAUGGAGGUUUCUGAUUUCACUGCUA